CUGAUUCCACUUGUGCCCCACCAGACCAAUUUGACUCCACUUGUGCCCCACCACAGCAAUUUGAUUCCAUUUGUGCCCCACCACAGCAAUUUGUUUCCACUUGUGCCCCACCAGACCAAUUUGACUCCACUUGUGCCCCACCACAGCAAUUAG